UCCGUUACAAAGCCUGCAAGCAUUGCAUUUUUCACUCUUCUCCUUCAUAUCUGAAAUUUCUGAUCACUUGUUGAGAUCAUAUCAUGGCUGGUGCACUUGUUGGUGGAGCUUUUCUUUCUGGCUUCAUUAACGUUGUCUUUGACAGGUUCCUUACAACUGAUGCUGUCAACUUGGUCCUGGGCAAGAAACUUGGCCCUGACUUGGUUCAAAGGCUGAAAACUGCUCUGUUGGGUGCUGAAGCUCUUGUUGCUGAUGCUGAGUUGAAGCAGUUCGGUAAUCCAUCUGUGAGGAAGUGGCUUGAUAGUCUCAGGGAUGCUGUUUACCGUGCUGAGGACUUGCUGGAUGCUGUCCUCCUCAAAGCCACCACUCAAAAGAAUGUAAGUUCUUCCUGGUCCCUUAGCUUCUUCACCAACCGAGAUAGGGAUGACAUGGUAGACAAGAUGGAAGGGGUGGUUAGAAGAAUUGAGGAUCUUGGGAAACAAAAAGAUUUCCUUGGUCUUGAAAAGAUUCCCACUGUAAGCUCAUCAUGGAGGACUCCGACCAGUUCUAUUGUAAGAGGGAACGUGUAUGGCAGGGAGGAUGACAAGAAGGCCUUAAUCAAGAUGCUGAAUGACAACAGUGAGCAUCACCUGUCUGUGAUCGCUAUUGUUGGCAUAGGUGGGGUUGGUAAAACAACCUUGGCUCAAUGGGUGUACAAUAAUGCAGAGUUGAUGGAGGGAUUUGAUAGGAAAGCAUGGGUUUGCGUUUCGGAAAACUUCAAUAUUGUUGAGACUACAAAGAAUAUUGUAAAAGAGAUCUCUACAAAUACUCAGGAUCCUGACAGCUUCAAUUCACUUCAAGAUGCUUUGAAGAAAGAAUUGUCUGAAAAGAAGUUCUUUGUUGUUUUGGACGAUGUUUGGAGUAACGAUCAACAUCAAUGGAGAAAUUUUAUAGCCCCUUUUCAAUACGGGGCUAAGGGAAGUACUAUUCUUCUAACUACUCGCAAGGAAAAUGUUGGUUUAGUUGCUCAAACAAAUUAUCAACCUCUCAUCCUCAACACAUUGUCAGAAGAUCAAUGUUGGUCAGUGUUUGCAUACAAUGCAUCUUUUCCAGAAUCAAAUGGGAGCCCUGCAUUAGUAGAAAUAGGCAAAAAGAUCGCAAAGAAGUGUGAUGGUCUGCCAUUAGCAGCAGAAACACUUGGUUGCUUGUGCAGAAACCAUGAUGCUGAGGAGUGGGGAAAAAUAUUAAAGAGUGAUAUUUGGGAGUUUUCUACGAAUGACAGUAAGAUAAUCCCAGCGUUAUUAAUAAGCUACUAUCAUCUCCCUCCAUAUUUGAAACGUUGUUUUGUUUAUUGUUCGUUGUUUCCCAAAGGUCAUCAACUUGAGAAAGGUGAAUUAAUCUUGUUGUGGAUGGCAGAAGAUCUAUUACGGGUAUCAAAUAGAAGAGAGACUUUAGAAGAAGUUGGCAGCAAAUAUUUUGACAAUUUAGCUUCUAGAUUAUUUUUUAAAAAGCUUCAAGAUGAUGAUCACUAUUAUGCUAUGCAUGAUCUCUUGCAUGACUUGGCAAUAUUUCUUGCUGGAGACUUUUAUUGUAGAUUAGAAGAACUUGGUGAAGAAGAAGAGUUGGGGAGUUUGACUCGUCAUUUGUCAUUUGGAAAAUUGAUGAAUCGCUCAGUCUCAAAAAGUUUUAAUUCCAUUGCUACAUUGAAAUCUUUGAGGACAUCCUUGAAUGUCAAGGAUUUGUUUAGCAUGGAAAGCGUAGCAUCAAAGUUUAAAUACUUGAGAGUUUUAUCCUUUGAUGAACUUGAUGAGGUGCCUAAUUCAAUUGGAGAAUUAAUCCAUCUGCGCUACUUGGAUUUGUCUUAUACUGAUAUAAAAACAUUACCAGAGUCUUUGUGCAGCUUGUGCAGUUUGCAAACUUUGAAGUUGUAUCAAUGUUCUGAGCUAACUAGGCUUCCUAGUGGUUUGCAUAAUCUUGUGAGUUUGCGGCAUCUUGAUAUUAGAGGAACUUCUUUGGAAGAAAUGCCCAGAAAAAUAAGCGAAUUGAAAGAGUUGUACGCUUUAAGUUCCUUUGUUGUCGGCAAGCAUGAAGACAAUGGAAUCCAGGAGUUAGGGGGGCUGGAAAACCUUCAGGGACCCCUUGAGAUUGAGAAGUUGGAGAAUAUUGUUGAUGUGGAACAAGCAGAGAGUGCAAAGAUAAUGGAUAAGAAGCACAUUUAUGCAUUAUGCUUGGAAUGGUCUUUAGGUGAUGAUUUGGUUUCAAGCACACAAAGAGAAAGAGACAUCCUCGAUAACUUGCAACCGCACAAUGGGUUGGAAGAGUUGAAAAUCAAGGGAUACAAGGGUACAAUAUUUCCAAAUUGGGUUGGGAAUUGUUCCUACCAAAAUAUGACAAGUGUAUCUCUAAAGUGUUGCAAGAAUUGCUGCAUGCUGCCUUCACUUGGACAGUUGCCAUCUCUCAAGUCCCUGCGCAUUCGAGGUUUGGAUGAGCUGAGGAGUAUUGGCGAGGAGUUUUACAAGAAUGAAGGAGAUCAUCAUUCUUCGCAUAUUGCUCUGUUUCCCUCGCUGGAGAGAUUGCAAUUUGAUGAUAUGGCACGUUGGGAGGAGUGGCACUUACCUGACUCAAAAGCUUUUCCUCAACUUAGGAAGCUUGAAAUAAGAAAUUGCCGAAUGUUGAAGGAAGAGAUGCGUAAUCAGGUAUUCUUCAGAAUCGUUUCUUCUUUGUCAGAUGUUUCCAAAGUUCGCAAACUACUCAUAGGCAACCACUUUAUAAAACGGCACACCAAAGUUCGCAAACUACAUAUACCCGACUCUCAUAUGGUAAGGCGCACCGAGGGCAUAUUUCUUGAUGGGGAUACUUUAUCAAUUAUGGGACGUGAAUCUGUGAAAGGAUCUGCAUUUAAGGCAAUGAUGAGCAUGAACCAUCUAAGUUGCCUCCAAGAAAUACACAUCAUAGGGUAUUCCUCUCAUGUAUCCUUUCCGGGCAAUUGUUUUCCCAAAUCUUUGCAAAAGCUCAUAAUCUCAUAUUGCGAACAACUGGAAUUCCCCCAACUACAGCAGCAGAAGUAUGAUUUGGUAGAGCUACAAAUAGUAGACAGCUGUGAUUCACUGACCUCCUUAGUGUUGGAUGUCUUUUCCAAUCUCAAGAAUCUUCAGAUAAAAGGGUGUAGGAAUCUGGAAUCAGUCUCACUGUCAGAGGCGCCACACGCUGCUCUUCAAUGUCUCACUAUCUUUGGCUGCCACAAAUUAGUGUCAUUUGCAGCAGAAGGUCUGGCUGCACCCAACUUGACUCAUCUCAGCGUCACAUGGUGCUCAAGGUUGCAGGCAUUACCACGUGACAUGAAUAGUCUACUCCCAGGUUUACACUCUCUCGAGAUAUAUGGCUGCCCAAACAUUUGCAGGUUGCCAGAGGGCGGUUUGCCGCCUAACUUGAAAUCACUUGAUGUGGCAGUUUGUGAGCAACAAAUGAGGAAUCUAUCAUGGAUGUCCAACUUGGACGCCCUCACUCAUCUUAGAAUUUAUGGUUUUGAUGGUGAGAAUGUGAAGUCAUACCCAGAGGUGGGUUCACUGCCUCACCUUCCCUCCCUUACCACUCUUGAGAUAUGCUGGUUCCAUAAUCUGGAGACAUUGGAGUGCAACGAGCUUCUCCGCCUCACCUCCCUUCAACAAUUGCAGAUUUCAUGCUGCCAGAAGCUCCAGAAUAUGAAAGGAGAAAAGCUGCCUCCCUCUCUCUUCCUACUUCAAAUUUCUUACUGUGGUUUGCUGGAAGAACACUGCAGGAACAAGCAUCAACUAAUCUGGCACAAAAUUUCCCACAUCCCCACCAUUCAAGUCAAGGGAAAAUUAAUUGUCUGAACAGAGAUUUGUGAGCAGGUAGCUUCUACUUAGUUACAAGUGCCCAGAUGACUAAGAUUUCAGCACAUAAUCUUUAUGUAAUACAAACCAUACUUACAUUUACCUUCAUUCAAUCAAAAGAACUAAUUUUUGUUUUAGCUUCAGGUCGGUAUAGCUACUCUAUUCCUCUAUGCAAUUUACUUCACAAUGGAGAAUAUGGCAGGAGAAAAGUUCAAGACUGUCCUUUGCUUGGUGAACACUACAAGAAGAAGAGUUGCAGCUAAACUCUCUACGAAGAUUUUACAGGGGCCUGAAGAGAUACAUAACUGCUAUGGUCAAGGAACUGCUUUCUUUAUGGGUUCAACUAAUAAAAUGUGCAUUAGACCUCUUAUAUGGCAAUUGCAACUUGGGGAGCAUGUAGGUAAAAAGGAAUGCAACAAUGUUGAAGACAUCAUUCUGUAUUUAUCAAGCAGGUUCUGAUAAUUUUCCUUUGUGUGAGGCCCAAGCAAACAUUUUUUGGAGAGUCCCUCUACAUCCCCAAAUGAAUAAUAAGAUGGUCAAAUCUGUUCAUGUUUGAAUGAAAUUCUUCACUCAUAAUUCUUCAAUUUGGAGAUGUGGUUGUGAUUUGAGCUCUCAAGUAGAACUGGGAGAAAGUCUGUAAACAAGCAUCAUUGACUUCAUUUUGUUGUUGUGUUUGGGUUGUUGUACAAGAUUUGUGCAUGUAUGUUUAUUAGUGCUUGUAAGCUUUGAGACACCUUUGUAGCUUUAAUUUGGAUAAUAGUGAAGUUUUUUUUUUUUACCUUCCAGUGGGUUUUUUUAUCUCACACAUUGAGAGGUUUUUAUUCCCACGUUAAGACUGGUAUUCUAUUUUUCUGCCUUCUCUUCAAUAUCUUACUGCUAUUAACUAUAGCCAUAUAUAGUGUGCCUAUAUUAUGUUUGGGUGCUUCCAAAUUAUGACUUUGACAGGUUUAAUCUAUUACCUCCAUUCUUUGAGUGAAAGAUAAUUCUAUAAUGUUACUGUUCUUGUGCGAUGAUCGGGGUAUAGCUCAUCCUCCAGCAGUCAACUCCGAACUCUUUGUUUGGGAAGAGUUAUACCUUGGUACAGAAAGAACAAGGGGGUGUGGUACCUGCAAAAGGCACUCCAACACUCAAGUCAGCGAAUGUGUAAAUAGUUAUGUCUCUUUUCUUAUAUGUUUCAUAAAAUGUCUUACCUCCCUUAUA